UCGCGCCCCUCCACAUCACACCACGACGCCAUGGCCACCCCCGCCGCGCUGCGCCUCGCCUGCCCCAAGCUCCCCGACGCCGCCUCCGGGACCAUGCACCUCCAGCACGCGCCCCAGCUGUUCCCCCGCCCCCCGCCGGCGCGCGCGCACCACCACCACCACCAGCAGCGGCGCCUCCUGCUCGCCGUCUCCGACCACGUCGCCAAGCCCGUCGUCGCGACGGCGGGGCGGACGCGCGUGCGGGCGGCCACCGCGAUGGUAUCGCAGGAGGAGGCCGCGGCCACGGCUGUCGAGGAGGAGGAGGAGGUCGACGAACAGCUGCAAGACGAAGAUGGAGCUGUGCUGGAUGAGGCGGAGGAGGAAGAAGAAGAGCAGCAGGGUGGCUUCCUGGAGGCCGUCUCGGGCGGUGGCGCGGCGGAGGCGGAGGCAGCGGGCACCACCACCACCACCACCACCAAGCUGUACUUCGGGAACCUGCCGUACAACUGCGACAGCGCGCAGCUCGCCGGCAUUGUGCAGGACUACGCUACGCCGGAGAUGGUGGAGGUGCUGUACGAUCGGGUAACAGGGAGGAGCAGAGGCUUCGCGUUCGUGACGAUGAGCACGAUCGAAGACUGCGAGCAAGUGAUCAAGAACCUCGACGGCAGCCUGUACAGUGGCCGCACCAUGAGGGUGAACUUCGCCGACAAGCCCAAGCCGAAGCUGCCGCUGUAUCCGGAGACUGAGCACAAGCUCUUCGUCGGCAACCUGUCGUGGACGGUCACGUCGGAGAUGCUGACGGAGGUGUUCCAGCAGUGCGGCGACGUGGUCGGCGCGCGGGUGCUCUACGACGGCGAGACCGGCCGGUCCCGUGGCUACGGCUUCGUCUGCUACUCCACCAAGGAGGAGAUGGACGAAGCUCUUUCCACGCUCACCGGAACGGAACUAGAAGGCAGGGAGAUCCGGGUCAACCUCGCCCUUGGAAAGAAAUAAAAGGGUGUCUUGAUUAUUCCUACUUCACAUGCACAGGAGAAACCUGCAAUACUGUGUGCAAUGUGCAAUGCUGCCUUCAGAUGCGAAUUUCAGGCAAACAUGGAUGCAACGAUUACUUGUUGCAGCGCACCGCAAGACGGCAAGAGCAGGCACAGGAAGAACAUAGUUCUGAAUUAGUAUGACAGCAGAUGUAUCUUUUUGUAUGCAUGGGAAACUUAUUAGUUUCUAUCAGGUGUAUAUCUGAUGAAGCUGUGACUGAACAAUUUUAGGCUACUGGGUUAUCACUUACCACUCAGUUCCAUAGUUCCAUCCUGUUGGAACUACAUUUUUUUCAAGACUGUCUAAUAUGUGUGCUAUAAGAUUUUGAUAUAAAGAAUCUAUU